UUUUUAUUUCGUUUCGUCUUUCUAUUUUUUUACAAUAAUUUUUUAAUCAAAAUCCAAAAUGCCAGCUAAACGCAGCAUUUUAAAGAGCAUUAUGCCCGUAAAAAUAUACAAGUCAACCAGUGCCGUAUACAUGACCUGCUUAUCGAAGAUCUCGGUAUCGGCUUUUGUGCCUGAAUGCAAUCAAAAGUUGGUGGUGGAGAGGGCCAUUGUCCAGGCCCUGGACGAGAGCAUCAUGCCGCAGGCGUACGCCGACCGGCAGCGGGAGGCCGAGGAGCUGAUGCACCGUUCUCAGACAAACUUUCGCACGUUGAUUGCCGAACGGAGCAAGUCCGGGAAAAUGUCGCAUUGGGGCCAAAAUACCCAAAUAUGGAACAACAACGAGUUGGCAGUCGUGCCGCAGUUCUCUGCCAUCACGAAUCAGGCGUCCGGGGAGCCCUCGUUCCGCACACAGAUGGCUGCCGAUGGGGGUAUGGCCGUGAAGAAGAAGGUGCGAUGGGGACAAAGCACCCAAAAGUGCUUUAACAAGGAGCUCGAGGUCACACACCCAAUGCCCGUCAUCGAUGUUCCUAUUCAUGAUAAUCCCACCAGGCAGCUAUAUCGUCGCCCCAGACCCAAAAGGAGGCCCAAAAGGCGGGGAUCUCGGAUCACACUGCCGAUCAUCGCAGUAGAGACGUUUGUCACAGUGGAGUUCUUCAAAGCUCUGUUUCUGCUGAUUGGUUUGUGCAUUACGGUCUAUCUGAUGGCCGAUCUAUCACAAUGA